AUGCCUCUUGUUGUCACCAUGAAAGCUGCAGCAUGCAUAUGUGAUAAAGAAAAAAAGUUGGCGAGUCCACUGUGCCUGCAGGGACUAGGAGUAGAAGCAGAGCGCUGCGGUCGCACAUCCACGGAGGAGCCAUCUCAGAAUGCAACCCCAGAUUCUGAGACAGAAGCACCUGUCAAACGACGCGGCCGUCCACCUAAAACAGCUGCCGCCGCUCCUGCGGUGGCUGAAAAAGAGGGAGCAGCAGCACCGACAGGAGGUGGAGCUGGCAGAGGCAGGAAGAGAGCAGCUGACCCCAACUCCAACCCAUCGGCAGAGUCAAUCAACAUCAAGAUGUCAAAACAGCAGCAGCAGAAUGACGAAGGGACAAAGAGACAGAUUGACUUACAGAGAGAGAAUGAAAGAGUGAGAAAGUGGGAGCCUGGAGAAGAGACAGGGAGAGCUGCAGGGACAGUCGUCGUCCUUCUGGGCAGUGAGGGUGACACUGAGAUAGAGCUGGAGUCCAGCCCAGAAGGUGUUAUCUGUGGCAGGAGGGUCAGAGAGAGUAACCCCCUCACACAAAGGCAGAGCAGCUUUGCAGCCUGGUCCAACACACAUAGCCAGGGAGAUACCAAGUCUACAAGGACAGGAGGUACCAAGGAAGAAAUUCCCUCCUGGCAAACAACAAGAGCCCAACAUGAGCUGGCAGUAAAGAGGAAACCGGUGAAGGUGAAACCAAGACUGUAGAGAAUGGGCCAGACUCUUCCUCAUACCUCCCCAACCCCUACGUACAUGCUCCUCUGACUCUAAAGCUUUCCUGGACACGUUAUGGACCUUUCUUAAAACACACACUUGUACACACACAUAUGCAGACACACACCACUGACAUCCUAGAAGGUUUUAAAUACCUUAUAGUCAUGAUUUGAAAUUCAUUGUAUGUAGGUCUUACUCAAAAAAAAAACAUGUUAUUUUUUUUCCUUCGUGUUUGUUGCUCUUUGCUUCUUUUGUGGAGCCAUUUUUAAGAAGAAAAAAAAACGGGAUGGACAUUUUACAAACAUUUUAAUCUGGUUAUGAUUGUUGCUUUUUUUAAAUUCCCUGGGAAAAAUCCCACUGUAUGUCUCCAGACCUCUUCCUCCUCGUGUCUCUGUUGCACAAUUUUUUAUUUUGAGCUCACCAGAUUUACUUACACAGUUGUAUUUUGUAAAUACCCAUGUGCAACUUUGCAGUUAAACUUUUUCAAUAUCCAAGACAGUUACAAAAUGGCUGAAAUAUGGGAACAUCAUAGCAUAAGAUUUGUGCAUUUAACAGAUGUACCAACACCAAAAUUUUAUAAACUUUGCUAUGUUUAGGUUUCUAACUUUGGUAUGUUGAGGUGCUUUAGCUUGGUUAUAGCGUCACAUGGCCCUGUAGAAACUCUGUGGCCUCUUAACUGCAACAUGUAAUGCUUUUAAAGGCCUUCUGAUUUGUUUCCAGUGUGUUAAUGGACAAAUUUAGGCUGUUUAACAUUUCUGGAUACUGUGCUCCAAGCUCUUCCCCAAGAAUGGUCAGGGGCUCUGAAACUGAGCUGGGUUUGAAUUACCGUUUUGUUUUUUUACUGCUGAAGUUCACGUUGGAAUGCAUAAAUGAUAUAUUACUAUACAAGUAUGUGUUCAGGUUUUUGUUCCUCUUUUACAAUGAAAUAUUUUUUGUACUUCUGUCAGUUACUUUGCCGGGUAAAAGCCUGCUUUUAAGCAUCGAGUGAGUGGAAACCUUGCGGGUUGUGUUGAUGACGACUUAUUUUUGAUGUAGUUAAAAGUUUGCCUAUUCUCAUGAUCAUAUUUAAUUUUUUUUUCCAGAAAAUAAAUGCCUUUAGAUGUUA